UCUAGGUUCUAUGAAAAUUCAGCAUGCACAAAAAGAUACAAAAACAGGGAGGGGUUAUGGUAACCAUGCAUACAGGAAGUACAUGCGAAAGAGCACAGUAGGCCACCUGGUUGCUUCACAUGCGCCAAGGACUUAAAGUGAACAAGCAGUCUAGUAUUCCACUGUGUUUUAAUGGAGUCAGGCUGUUUAAACCAAACAGGGGGUCACCCUCCAGCUUUGCCAGUCAAACAUAACAGGCAAAGAAGCCAGUCAAACAGAGGAUCAAGUGUGAGUUCUGACAGUGCCCUGUUCAGCCCUGGACUCCAGUCGCCCAACUACACACUUAAUGAUGUCUUUGCAUCCACUGAUUGUCAUGCAGCCUCAUGCCCCAUACAUCAAGACUUGGAGUCUGUAAAACACCACAUGAGGUUCCUGUCAGAUGGCACCCCUCCACCUGUUCCAAAGAAAAGAUUAGCACGGACCCUUUCCCUGCCGGCCGACCAUGUUCCUCCAUUAUCAACCCUGUCCUCUGGCCCUCCUCUUCAAAUGCAUUCUCACAAUUUUGACAAUCCCUUGUACAUGCUCACUCCUGUGCGAGACACACUCUUCAGUAAAGAGCCUUCAGGGUUCAGAGUAGCCAACAAGAGCAGCACUGCUCCCCUACUGCCCCUGUCCCAGCUGUCCUUUAACACCUCAGAUGAACAUUUGGUCAACUUCUUUGUGAGUUUCGAAGACCAGGAUGCAGUAUCCAAAACUGUACAGCAUCGCCACCUGCUAUUUCUUAGAGAUAUGGCCAAAAAAAUGGAGGCUAACAUGCUAUUAAAAGAAGAGCUAUCAGAGAAACCAGUCACUUCAUAUCAGCCACAGGACUUCUUGUUGGAUGCAGGCAGUGAGCCAAAGAUAAUUGCAGGAAAAAUGUACUACUCUGUGCACAGCCCCAAGUUCCCAGGGAGGACACUUGGCCUGAGGAUAAGCACGCAAACAGAGCUGUCUGCUUCUACCUACACCAAACCGCAGCCUGCGCAUGUUAACGUGAAACAUGUUGUGGCCCACUUCCAGGCAACCAGCAAUAUGAUGGAUUCCUGCAUUAAAACAGAAUUUGUUAAUUCAUCUUCCGUCCAUGGCUGUACUGCUGCAACAUCGUCAUGUGGGGGCAGCAAUGAUUAUGCCAAUUACUCAGGGAGGAGGCUUUUGUCAACGGUUCAGCAUCUGCUAUGGAAAGGUCAUUGUGUGGCCAUAGAGCGAGACCUCCCUGUGGCUACGCUGGAGGACUUUGUUCAGGAGAGCCAGUCUAUGCAGAAUAUGGACUGUGUAUUGUAUGACAAACGUGUAUGCUUUUUGUUACUGCAAAUUCUACAAGGUACACAACAUGUAUACAAAAAUGACAUUUGUUCCCCCGGGCUAAUACCACAAGAUAUCUUAUUGGUGUGGCCAGACAUAAAUAAGACAAAAUCUGAGUUAUCACAUGCAAAAACAGCUAUUUACAAUCUUACUGAGACAGGCCAAAGGGGCUACAUACAAAUUUUAUGGGAGACUCAAGGUUGCCCCCGUGUGGUAAUUUCCUCUCAGAUGUCUGGGUCUCCUGCCUCCCAGUCACUUGUCCCAGUCAAAGCCAAUAUUGGAGAUUUAAUUAAAUAUUGUCUGAAUGUACACAAGGGCCUGGCUGCACUGUAUAUGUCCACAUACAGGAAUGCUCUGAUAUACCUUGCUUCUCAGCUUAAAGACAACAGCAGUGGUCUUAAUAUAGAUGACAUGACAGGUCUGUUACAGGUGGUUCUCUGGGGCCCUGUGGCCCCAUUGAUAAAACAUAUUGGGAUGUCCACAGCGCACAGCUGGCUGGCAGUGAAGAGAGCACUGUUAGUGAUGAAGUUGGCAGAGAAAGGCGUGGAUCAGACAGCUCUAGAAUGGGAGGACAUCCUGUGUCUGCAGUAUGUAGCAUUCGCUGAACCGCAGACUGUGGUAAAUGAAACAGCUCGGCUCGAAUUAACGCCUUCUAUCUAGUUCCUGUCUGUAUUGUGAAUAAGCCAUUGUUGUUAUUCCAGUGAUUAAGUUGGACCCAAUCAAGGCAGAGGCCUAUUCAGCAGAGGCACUCACCCAUGUACCCGAAAGUUGGCAGUUUUGAGUACAUGGGUGAAAGCCCUGUACUGUCACAGUGUCGUGGACAAGACACUUCAGCUACCUUGUCUUUGUGAAUGUGUGUGACUUAUAAAGAGGCCUUUGGCCCAAAAUAACACAUGUCUAUCAUUUAGCCCCAAGGCAUCUAUGGCCACAGAGGUAGCUGAUGUAGAAAAGUCUGUCUGCGCUUUAGAGCAGUAAAUAUGAUCAGUUGUUAUUUAUUGUUGAAUACUGAAAAAAAGACACAGUACUAGUGUAUUAUAGCUGUUCUUAAGUCACAAAUAAACUGCUUAACACUAAUGGUUAUCUCCAUGUUGUAAAUUGACCACUGAGCUAGUCAGUGACAUACCCCACUCAAGGUAAAGUACAAAAAGAUCGUCAUCAACAUAGCCCCCAUUGGUGGUUUCUUUCUAGUCACUGGUACUAACAAAUAUGUAUGAUAUGCAUGGAGGCUGUCACUCAUCUCUUCUCCAGCCCCUCAGCUAAUAAUCACAUUUAACCUUGCCAAUUAAGUGUUCUGUCUGUGCUGAAGAAUGAAUAAUGUUCAAUAAAGCUCCUGUAAAGCUU